CCUUUGGAUAGUCGGAAAUGGUUGGAGUGAGACAUCUUUCCACGGUUUACUGAUAAACUAUCUGUGCUGUGAAGCUGUAAACAGCAACCUACGCCUCUUUUAGCCAUUUAUAACGUGUAACAUAGCGAAGUGUGAGAGGGAAAUGGAAGACGACGUCCUAACCACGUUGAAAAUUUUAAUAAUCGGUGAAAGCGGCGUUGGGAAGUCCAGCCUCCUGUUGAGAUUUACAGAAGAUACGUUUGAUCCAGAACAGUCUGCUACAAUAGGUGUGGACUUUAAAGUAAAGACCAUUUCUGUGGAUGGAAACAAGGCAAAGCUGGCAAUAUGGGACACUGCAGGACAGGAGCGGUUUCGAACCCUGACACCUAGUUACUACCGCGGCGCUCAGGGCGUCAUUCUGGUUUACGACGUCACGAGAAGAGAAACCUUCACCAAGCUGGACAACUGGCUGAACGAGCUGGAGACGUACUGCACGAGGAACGACCUGGUCAAAAUGCUGGUGGGGAAUAAAAUCGAUAAGGAAAGCCAUGAAGUGGACAGGGCUGAAGGGCUGAAAUUUGCCAGAAAACAUUCUACACUUUUUAUAGAGGCGAGUGCAAAGACAAAGGAUGGCGUUCAGUGUGCGUUUGAGGAGCUGGUGGAGAAGGUCAUCCAGACGCCCGGCUUGUGGCAAAGCGAGAACCACGGCCGAGCCGUGCAGCUGACGGACGAAGAUGCCGGCGGCGGAAGCUGCGGAGGUUACUGCUCCCUGGUUUAGACUCCGGACGACCAACACGCGGAAGAACAAAGGAACUAUCCACACGCUGAGCCAACCGAGCCCUCUACUCAGACGUGAAGGCGGGGCGGGGUGGGUCACCAGCUCGCACUCUGCCUCCACCCAAAGACACUUUUGCACACUUUCUUCUAAUAACGCUGCACUAAAAUGCAGCUCAGCCUUCCCGGUAAUGAAAGAGUUUUUUCUCUUCACUUUAAAACCUUCGUCAAAAGAUUCAAGUUCUGCCUCAACGAUGUGCAGAGAAAUGAGUCGGAUCAGGAAGUCCAAAGGUGGAACAGUUUGACAGCAUGUCCUCUCUGGAGCGCUUUGCCUUAGUGCGUUUCUGUUUUUGCUUUUCUGCAUCCAAACUCUCUGUGCUGCUUCUUUUCCAAGCUUCUGAUUGGGUGGACACACCUGAUCCAGGUAAUCAGGAAGCAGGGAACAAUAUCCAGGAAAAAAGCAGGAUAGUCCAGGACGGGAUUUGCACCCCCCAUCAUGCUGAUUCAUGCUGUCUUCCCUCCCUCUGUCUGCACACAUCGAAGGCAUCACGCCGCUCAGUUUGCACGCCUCCUUUGUCACAGUUUGUCAUUGUCGUCUUUGUGUCACAGACACAGAGUUUAGAUAAAGAUCAAAGCUGAUGGAUCUAGCAGCAUGUUUGUACUGUUUGAGAGCUGUGGUGCAUUCUGGGAAAUGAGGUUUCUUUGUCUGAAACUUGGUGUGUAAAACAGACUAGAUUAAGUUUGUUUUUAAACUUUUUUUUAAUUGCAUGGGAGCGCCUUGUGCCAAUGUAUUUGUUUGUUUUUGUCCAAGAGGAGAUUUACAAACCCAUUUAACUUAUAGUUAAAUAUUAACGGUGCAUACAUUACAAUGUAUUGGGAUAAUAAAGCCAAGGGGAAGAUGUAAACCUUGUAAAUUCUGUAUUUUAAUAUUCUGUAUGAACUGUCAUUUUGAAUGUUCCACUACAAACCGCCCAUUGUAUUAAACAACAAAGAAAUCCUGUUUUUAAGCCACUAUUUUGGUGUGAAUCUUAACUGUAAAGCUGCUGGGAUGUUACUUACAGCUGCACAAUAAACCCCAACCAACAAGAAGGAAAA